AAAGAGACUGAGAUCUUUGAGAUAUAAAGAUAUAUUUUAAGUUUCAUCAAAGAGGGUCCAUAACCUUCGUAUUACAUACGUACAUUCGUACGAUUUUGCCCGAGCAGCGGCGUAGAAUAAGUUAAAUUGAAGACGCAAAUCCAAGAUGCCAGGUGUAGAAGAUUGGAUGAACUGUCCAUUGAACAUAAUUCAAAAUUUGUUUGAUCAAAACGGACAAAAUGUUACACCAACUCAAGUAAAAGAAUAUUUCUCAAAAAAACUGACUGGAAGAGAAUCAUUGGCCUGGAUUCCCUCAUUAAAUGAUAUACCUGUCCAUAACCUUCGACCUAACACAAUCGUUAAAUACAGAUGUAUGAUACAAGAUAUGUUUGAUCCAGAACUGUAUCUCGGUGUCUACGAAGUAAAUGAUGUACAGACUGGACAAAAAAGUUUAAAAUGUGGAAAAUAUAAAGAUAUUGCAGAAUGUACACCCCAACAGAUAGUAAAUAUGGAAUCAUCCGAGAACAAACCAAUGGAUCGACAGACAUUUUAUUGUGUUCCAAUUCCUGGUGAAGCUGAUUGGGUCAAACUUGCUUAUGCUAACCAGAAUGUAUCUGAUCAUGGUGCAUCAUCUUCACAGUCCAGGUUGAAACGUCCAUUAGAAGAUGAUCAGGAAAAAAGAGGAGAGAAACACAGCAAUAAUCAAAAUGGGGAUGUUAAUAUGGAAGCUGAAUCACUUCAACAAAAUAACUGUCCAAAUCAAGCAAAUGGAUCUAAUGGUACAGGUGUUAGAAGUGGUACAAAUUGUAAACCUGAUUUAAAUCAUCCAUUACCCGGAGAAACAGGCCUCACCUGUCUUGUUAAGAUCUAUGAUGAUGUUGAUACGUUUAAAGUGAAUGAUGUGGUUGAGUUUAUUGGUAUUCUAUCGGUAGAUCCAGCUAUGGCACAAUUCCCAGAUUCACAAGAAGGUGAAGAAUUUGAAACUCCAGAAGAAAGACAAGCUCACUCUCCUCCUCCAUCACUUGUACCAAGACUACAUGUGGUACUCUAUAAUAAGUUAAACCAUGAUAAUCCAUUAUUACCUCCCCUUAAAACAGAUUCAGCUUACACUGAAGCAUUGUCCAGUCUACAGAGUAAUAUAGUGAAUCUAAGAAAUGAGUUAAUAUCAGUAUUAGAAUAUAGUUUAUUAGGUGAUAAUCUAGCAGCUGAAUAUUUACUAUCACAUCUUAUAUCAUAUGUAUAUGGUAGAGCUGAUGUGAUGCCUCUAGGAAAAUUAUCAUUGAAUCUGAGUAAUUGUCCGAACUCAAGAUAUUAUGGUGGAUUAAUGCACAGAUUAAUAUCGGCUAUUCUUACCAAGUCUCAUUUAUUACCUAUGACAAUUGAGAAUAUGAAUACAAUGAAAUUAAUACCAAAGAAAGAUAUAAAAGCUAAUAGAUUAGAAAGUGGUAUAUUACAGUUAUCAGAUAAUACACAGUUACUUAUAGACGAAACUCUUCUACAGACUGGUCAACUUAAUCCUCAAGGUGUAAGGAAUGUUACAGCACUGGGUAAUCUAAUAACAUGGCAGAAAGUCGAAUAUGAUUUUAACUUUCACAGUCAACCUUUCUCAACUAAUGUUAAUGUUCUGAUUUUAUCUGAAGUAAAAUCUCUUUUACCGAGUGAUGUUCAAGUACCAUUAAACAAGAAAUUAACUACAGAUAAUAUACAGGAACAUUUUGAGCAAUUAGAUAGUCGAUUAACUACAGAGUUUCUCAAUAAACUAAGAACAUACAUAACUUUAACACAUACUAUGGAUUAUUCAGUUUCUGAGGACCUUCAAAAGAUCAUUCAGGAUGAUUUUGUUGAUUCAAGGAAAGACAAUCCAAAAGCUAUGACUAUUGAUGAUUUUCAUGCUCUGUUGAAUCUGUUAAGGCUUCAGACACUCAGUCAUUGCCAACCCAAUCCAACUCCAGAAAUGUGGAACAAAGUGAAAACCAUGGAACGUGAAAGAAGAGAAAGAUUAACCCAAGCUGCUCCUACAAGUUAAUCAUUAAAAAUAAAAUGUACAUUAUUUUUUAAGCACUACCAGAAAGGAUUAUAAAUUAGAUGCUAGUUUGUAAAUCUUUUGAGUAUGUAAAUAAUGACUGUAUAUAAUACUGUUACACUGGACUGUUAAGUGCUUCAGAUUAACAACUACAGUUGGUGAUAGAAUCAAUCAAAUAACACAGAAUCUUGUGACUUUAUAAUAGAUGAUGGCCCACACAUUUAAACUGUGGUAAUUAGUAAAGACAUUCUCAUAUUCAUCACCCCAAUUUACUAUUCAUGAACAAAUGAUAAAUUAGUGGUAAGUCCAAAACCAGACUUCUUGUGGGGACCAGGACCAUGGUUACCUCUUCUGCUUAUAUGAUUACGACUCGAUGCACCUAUUCAAACAGCUUAAUUAAUGCUUGUUUGAAAGAUUGUAAUAUCACACAGAGUAAAAAUGUCAGAGGAGAUAUUGACCAUUUCAAUUUGUAAUAUCACACAUAGUAAAAAUGGCAGAGAUAUUGACUAUUUUGACUUGUCUAUUAGACCAAUCAAAUCCAUUGACC